AUGACUAUAUGGUCGACUCCCUCGUUAAGCGCGGCGGUUGUCGCGAUAUGGUCGAGGACUGCCGCGUUCUUUCCGCCGUCUGGGACCCAGAUAACACCGGCAUCAACGACACCGUCAAUGAGGUUUGCAGCACCGCUGAGAACUACUGCUCCAGCGAGGGUCGCGGGCCAUAUCUUCGGCACUCCGGCCGCAACUACUACGACAUUUCGCAGGUCGAGCCGGCCGCAUUCCCUACCCCAUUUUACAAGGGGUGGUGUGAAUCAGGAACACGUCCAAGCCGCACUUGGCGUACCCCUCAACUGGACCCAGUCCAACAGAGCCGUAUCGACAGCCUUCCGAGGCAUUGGCGACUAUCCGCGUCCAGGUUGGAUCGAGGAUCUGGCCUUCCUGCUCGAGAAUAACAUCAAGGUUUCUCUCAUCUAUGGCGACCGCGACUUUGCCUGCAACUGGAUGGGCGGCGAGGCGGUGAGACUCGCGAUCGACUAUGCCGAAAUACCCCCCUAUAGAGAUAAAUGAUUGUGAAUAAUCUCUCAUAUAUCAAUUGAAUACUCUCACUUUCACGUCAUUGCAAGGAUCGAAGCCGGCACGACUCGAACAAGGCGUGCUGUUCAACAAUGAUAUUGCCACGGGCGAGAUCGACACCGUCGUGCCAUUGCCUGACGACGAUGGGGAUUAUUAUUUGUUCGUCUGGUCCGUCCGACACUUUUGCGUUUAAACAGGACCCCCCGCCACAGUAUCCUAAGUUCUGCUAAGCGCUUGACCCCGGCGUCUGCACAGAGGAGCAGAUCGAGGCGAUACUGACGGGCAAGGCGGUACUCAAACAAUGGAUUCUUGUCGAUGAGAAUACGACCGAAUUGUUCCCUGAGGUUGUUGGUGAUUGGCGGCAGUCCCACAUCGCCACCUUCGCCGAGUGAUACUGCUGGUGCGUCGGGUUUGUUUGUGAGCGGCAUCUGGCAGCAAGUAGGAUUGUUAGUCAUUCUCACUGUGAUGGUAUCUGCAAUGCUGUUUUAAAUAAUAGGUUGAUUGGGUUGUAUAUGGAUGUGUGUCGUACCGUACAUACAUCAUGGCCGAGGCUUGAAGAUUGUUGUCUCCUAUAUUUUUUAUACCGGACAUAAAACUCCAAUUGUCAUUCAUUUAAUUGAGACUUCAUUGAGCUCGAUCGGAAUUUUGAAAAGGUGUUCUGCGUGAAUAAGCAUUCAGAAUCAUCUGUUUGUCAUUCGUCGAAAGGUUUUCCUUUCCUUUUCAGAAGUGUAGAUAGCCUUGGCCAACGCCGAUGGAUAGUAUCAACAAGCUUCAGUCCCAUUGUGAGUACUGAGACAAGUUCAUGGAAAUAAAGCCGCGAGAAGCUGUGACAAGCUACCUAUGUACAUGUACAGUACAUAUUUAGGGAUCCAACCAAAGUGUCACCGGCAUUGCCUUAGUAUCUGGUGCUCAAUUCGAGGUACGGUACAGUACUCGGUACAGAG